GCUUGGCUGAACCACUACACGCGCCUGGAUCACACCGCGAAUUAAAAAAAAACGAGGAUUUUUAAUCUGUCGCUGACGGCGAGCUGUCAAAUUUUGGCGGGAGUGCUUUUGUUAUCUGUGAUUUUAUUUUGCAUCAGGAUUUUAAUUUGGACUGUGGAUUAUGGAAGUUUUGAGAUACAAAUACAUCUUCAUAACCAUAUCGCUACUCUUUGGGAUCGUCAGCAAUGAAGAAACAAAAGCGAACACGGUGGCAACCACACCUAAUUGUCCCUUCACAAAGAUGAUUGAAGAUGUAUUCAAAAUUCAGAACAGAUCAUCAGACAAAGAUUCAUACAAGAGAGAUAAGGAAAGAGUAAAAUUAUUCUUGAGUACUUUAGCUAAUAUAACUAACGAUAAUGUCAGUAGAAAGGAUGAAGAUCUCAUAAACGUUAUUAUAGCUUCAAUAAAUAGAAUUAAAAAUAAUAUAAGUGACACAUCGGAUAAACUAAAUGAAGCCAUAAUAGUAACAUCUCCUAAAGGAGACAACACAAGUGAAAUAAAGAAAGCAAGUCAAAUCAAGAGUGGUAUUGAAGAUAAAAUCGAUACAUUUCUAAAUAAUACUGCUAAGAAACAUACUACGAAAAGUAUAGAAAAGCAUGACGAUGCAAGUACAACGGAAAGUACUAAAUACGUAGAAAUUUUAACAAAAGAUCCUCAUACGAAGAACACUACAUCUGCCAAUAUAUUGGAAGUACUAAAGCAUUUAAUGCCUCUAUUUAACAGCACUUUAACUAAAGAAGUGCAUAAUAUAACUAUAAUAGAAAGGGAUCAUAAGAAUAAUCAUUCAUUUUCUGCAACCAAGAACGUUUCGACUAUCAUAGUAACGUAUUGUGACAACGACAACAAAACGCCGAAAGAAAAUAAGACUGUUGCUGUCAACAAGAAAGGUGAUGACAAAGUUGAAAUUGAUCGUGUAGACUUUUAUGAUGAUGAAGAGGAUUUGGAGGCAGAUGGAGAAGGAGAAGCUCAUAAUAUAACGAAGGAAGAAAACAGAGAGAUUAUGGAAGCGGCUGAGUAUGGAAUGCAGAAGAUGCACGAGUUGUACUCUGUUUUGGAACCUAAACUUUAUUCCAUGGGUCUCUGGUUGGACGACUCCAGUCCAGCUCGCUACGUGGCAGCAUUCAACGCUCCUUCGGAAGAAGCAGCCAAGUUCUCCAGAUAUGGGUACGCUUCACUUCAAGCUGCUGCUAAACUCAAACAACUCAUCAGCGGUGGCAAUGGCGAGGGUCUGGAAGGUCGCGAGGAGGACACGCAGUUCCCCACAGCCAGCAUGAUGAGGCAGUCGCCUCUGAUGCAGCACUGUCCUCUGAGGGGAGCUCCCAAAUGUCCUCCUGCUUCUAAAAGAUACCGCACCCACGACGGCACUUGCAACAACAUCAAUCGUCCCCGAUGGGGAGCCACCAUGACUCCUGUCCAGCGGUUCCUGUCACCUUCGUACUCUGAUGGACUCCAAGCUGCGAGGCGGUCCAUCUUCGGCUCCAAACUCCCUUCAGCUAGAGAGAUCAGUUCCACCAUACAUGAAGAUAGGAAUGCGGAGACGAUCGGAGUGACACACUUGCUGAUGCAGUGGGGGCAGUUCCUGGACCAUGAUGUGACCUCCUCCUCACAGUCCAGAGGUUUCAAUGGGUCGGUGCCGAGGUGCUGCAAGGACGGCGGGAAGGAUUUCGUUCCUAAAGAGUUUAUGCAUCCAGAAUGCUUUCCCAUCCCGGUGCCAGCAUCAGACCCGUUCUAUGGUCCUCGUGGAGUGAAGUGCCUGGACUUCGUGCGCUCUGCACCAGCACCCCGCGAUGACUGCGCCCUCGGCUGGCGGGAGCAGCUUAACCAAGUGUCCGCCUACAUAGAUGGGUCACCGCUGUACGGCAGCUCGGCCACCAAGUCUGAUAAACUGAGGCUUUUCAGGAACGGCAUGCUCCAAUACGGAAGAGUUCAGCAACGUCGCCCAGUUCUUCCACCGGAGCGACGUGAUGAGCUCUGCCGCAAGGGAGCCGUGUCCACUGACUGCUUCAAGUCGGGAGACGCCAGGGUCAAUGAGCACCCGGGGCUGGUGGCCGCUCAUAUCGUGUGGCUGAGGCAGCAUAACAGAAUGGCUCAAGAGCUGACGCACCUGAACCCACACUGGAGUGAUGAGAAGAUCUACCAGGAGACGCGGAAAAUUGUGGGAGCCAUGAUACAGCACAUUACUUAUAGAGAAUUCCUGCCUAUAGUGCUGGGUUCUGAGGUGAUGCACCGCUUUGAGCUGGAACUACAGAAGAAAGGAUACUUCAAGGGUUACAACCCCAAGAUCAACGCUAGUCCAGCCAGCUCGUUCGGUUCAGCAGCCUUCAGGUUUGGCCACAGCCUCGUACAGUCUUCCAUGGUGCGCUUCGAUAGGUUCCAUAGACCUAUGAGUAACAAUGUAUCUCUCCACGACGAACUAACAAACCCCUCCAACAUCUGGUCUAUCGGAGCAGUAGACCGCCUUCUCCUUGGCAUGCUGAACCAGCCGAUCCAAAAACGCGACGAGUUCAUCACGGGAGAGCUCACCAACCACCUGUUCCAAACUCCUCAUUUCGACUUCGGAAUGGACCUCGCAGCUAUUAACAUUCAGAGGGGAAGGGACCAUGGAGUUCCUCCGUAUACAUCGUGGAGGGAACCUUGUGGGUUGUCUGCUAUUGAAGACUUUGAGGACCUGCUCCGAGUGAUGCCAGCUAGGGCUGCGAGGAAGAUGAAGACACUGUAUAGGCACGUGGAUGAUAUAGAUCUCUUCACUGCGGGUAUGGCAGAGAGACCAGUAGUUGGUGGUCUCGUGGGACCAACAUUUGCCUGCAUCAUAGCGCAGCAGUUCAGCAAUCUCAGGAAAGGAGAUCGGUUUUGGUACGAAAACGGAGGCUUUGAAUCAUCGUUCACGCCAGCGCAGCUCCAACAAAUUCGUAGGAUAUCCUUCGCACAAAUCCUCUGCCGUACUUUAGACAGCAUAGAGACAGUACAACCUUUCGUUUUCCUAUCCACUGACAACCCUGACAAUGACAGAAUAUCCUGCCAGAACGGACUGCUGAAUAACUUUGACUUAUCUCCCUGGGUCGAAAUAGAUCAGGACGAUGAAUCUGAUAACGACAUCAGCAAAUCUGAAGAAACUACUCCAAAACACACUAGGAAAACAACAACUACAUCCAAACCUUCGACUACUAGAAGGACUGCUCCGAAAGGUGCCUCAAAACCUACGAAAAAGAAACCUGACAACAAUUCCACGACUAUUAAAAACAUGACAAUUGAAAACUUGACUAAAGAACACUUGACGGACAAACUUAACGUAACUGAACUAAAGAAAGACAAUGACAGUGACGAGCUUAACUUGACUUUGACUAAAGACGUGACUACGACAACUAAACCUAACCUGACGACUAAACCCACCGUGACUAGACGUGACGUACAGAUUGACGACAAACUAGACUUCAAAAACAAAAGCCGACGAUUUGAUGACUUUAAAAUGGACUCUAGACGUAGACCUGCUAAUAAGUAUGACGAAUAUGACUAUGACGAUGAAGAAGACACUCAACAAGUGCAAUCGGUUGUUAUUAAUAACGUUGCACAUAAAAGACCACAGUAUAACAAUCACAGACCAAACCGUCGGCCAGUAAUUACAGUGACUGAGAACAUUGACAAAUACACUUACUUGAUAAACUAUGUGCCGAGACCCACUGAGUCUUGGCGUCAGUCGACCAGACGACACACUACCGGACGACCUAUGACUGACAGAGACGUGGUCAAAGUGACCUACCAGACUUAUGACGAUACUUACAGACGACCAAACAAACCUUACUACUACAACAGACCAGACACUCAACAAAACAACUACAGGUACAACAGACCGACACACACUACUAAAUAUAACUAUCCUUCAUCUGCCAGAUCCAAUGACGAGACUGUGACUCCAAGAGACAAAGUGACUGACAAACCAACCGCUAAACCUGAAAGCACGACUGACUUAUACAAACUAGUGACAUUUGGUUACGUAGGGACUUACAAAGGUGAAGCUAGUACGACUGAGAAAAAGUUGACUGACAAACAUAUUGCGGCUAAAGAUAUAACUGAGAAAGAGGUGGCAGACAGACACAAAGCUGAGACUAUAAGUAAAGAUUUCUCGACAUUUGACGCUAAUGAAGACAAGAACAUGAAACUUUCGACGUUUUACGUAUAUGAGACUGCAACUAAACCUUACUUACAAAGACCGACAAGACGGAAUGAUGAAGUGCCGAUACAGACAAAUAAGUACUACUACAUUAGAAACGUUUUACACAAAUACUAUGACGAUGACAAAAGUACUCCGAGACCUAGUAACAAAGAUGAGAAGAAAGAAGUUGUCCACAAUGCUUACAAUGAUCCUGACAAUCAGAAAAUAGAAGAACGAUCAGCUGUUGACAAGAUGGCUUCACUAGACGAGGUUGAAGUGAAGUCUAAGGCGCAGGAGCGACAUAAAAACAGAGUAAAGCCAAGUUCAAGUCCGGCUAAAACUCCAUCAGUGGCUUUCCAAGUCAUACCGAGUGAGAAUAGUGCCUCUCAUUGGGCGGUGUACGAAGAAAAUUCUGACCUACCAGAGCAGCACAAAAUGCCGGCAAUCAAGACAGAUCCAUAUGCACUCAAGGAAAUACCAACUCCUAUCGCCUUCAACAGCUUCAGGAGACGAAGGCCGGGCAUCGGAAGACCAUGAGAACAGCUCCAGCUCUAGAUAAUCUUGCUUAAAUAGAUUGUAAGGACAUCGUAGUAACAAUUUUGAUGGUUUUUUAAUGAACAGGAGUAAUUCCUGUUGGUACGUGAUAUUUUAAUAGGCAAUUCUAAAUUGAAGCUAGUUUUAAAUGAGGAUAAGUGAUAAUUAACUGAGAUGUUAAGUAAAAAUGUGUAAUACGGGAUCGGACAAGAAAAAAAUAUUUAGGUAUAAUGUGACCCACAAAGUAUGUGGUGUUAUAUUUUGUCAGAAACACUCAUAUUAGGGGCUUUUUCGAUCCCCUAUUCAUGACAGAAAGUGCUAAGGACGAUGAUAGAUUUGUUUUUAAACAUGACUGACUAAUUAUGACUAUGACUACUGACUCAAUGACAUGACCAAUGACUUAUGACAAUAGACGAACGCAAGGACUCAGUAUAACAAUAAUAAUGUACCUACUUAUAAGGAUGUCUAAGUACCACUAAAACAAAGUGACGCAAUGUGAUCAUAUUGAUGACAUUAAAUAUUUACCACACUGCGAUAUCGUUUAGAAAACAUGACUUACUUAAAUUACGUUGCCAGACUUAUCUCCGAUAUUAUCAUAUUACUAGGUGUUUUAGAAUUAUCAAGACAUUGUAAAAAACUGACGAGUAAAGAUGACUGACUUUGACCGAAAAAAAAUACUGAACUUCGAAAGUACUACGUACUAUUUUAAUCCUAUACUAGACUGAAAAAGACAUCGAGUUUUCUUAUUAAAUUCUAUUGGCAGUACCCAUACCUGACCAAUAUGAAAAAUCUGACAUGACUGACUAAAAUUGACUGACAUUUUUGUCGACUGACUGACGUUGUUGUCGACUGACUGCAAAAAUAUUAAUGUAACUUGACUUGCUAGCAUCACUUGCGGACAGACUAACAAAAAAUUCAAAUUGACGUGCCUAAUGAAGGAUUAAUUAAAAUAAAUGCUUUGACUUUGACUUUUUAAUGACUUAUAAAGACGUGACGUAACAAACGACUUAACUAUUCAAACUAUAGAUUUUGUUACCUGACUAUGACUGUACUAGCGAACCAUACAAGGUUCGAAAAGUGUAGCUGUGAUGUAAGCUAGAGGAAAUACGAAAGUUACUUCGACUAGACUACAUAAAUAACUGACUGACUGACUAAAAUACUAACUGACUGACUGGCUGAGCGACUGACUUGAUAAAAUCAAUGACUGACUGACUUGUCUAAAAGUGAUUGACCUACGCAUUGAUAUCCCUACAUAUUAAUAGAAUAUGCACUAAGACACAAAAGACUACCAAAUGACUUACUAUUAUGACUAUGACUUAAAAAUAUAUUCAUGUCAUCAAUAAAUACAAAAUGAAUCAAUAGUACUGACUUCAUUUUAAAAAUAAUAACAAGAAAUGAACAAAAUAUAUUUCAUUUAUUUAUUCUUCACUUAUAAGUAGGUACAUAAAAUGUUGUUUUAUGACAAUAACAUUGACUAAAGACUAUGACAUUUUUAUAACUGGAUCUCGUCAUGACAAGUUAUUUAAGUAUGACAAUAUGACUGACAUAUUUGCUAAAUACGACUAAAGACUGUUUGAUUUUAUACUUUAAGUUUAUUUUUAAUUACCUAUAGUUUAUGUAAUAAAAAUAUUUUUUCAA